AUGGAAAAGCCAGUGGAAAAUUCACCCAGGACCUUUAUGGAGUUGAUGCGAGUGCCAGUGCAGUUUUACCGGAGCAUUGGAGAGGAUAUCUACGCCCAUCGCUCCACCAAUCCAUUGAAAUCCCUUCUGCUUAAGAUCUAUCUAUAUGCGGGUUUUAUCAACUUCAAUCUGCUGGUCAUCGGUGAACUGGUGUUUUUCUACAAAUCAAUUCAGGACUUUGAGACCAUUCGUUUGGCCAUCGCAGUGGCUCCCUGCAUUGGAUUUUCCCUAGUGUCUGACUUUAAGCAAGUCGCCAUGGUGAAAGGCAAGAAAACAUUGAUUAUGCUGCUCGAUGACCUAGAGGAAAUGCAUCCAAAGAGCCUGGAGAAACAGAAGGAAUAUAGACUGUCAGAUUUUGAGAAGACCAUGAAGCGUGUGAUCAAUAUUUUCACCUUUCUCUGCCUGGCAUAUACGACUACUUUUUCCUUUUACCCGGCUAUUAAGGCCUCUGUGAAAUUUAAUUUUAUGGGCUACGAGACCUUUGAUCGUAAUUUCGGUUUCCUCAUUUGGUUUCCCUUCGAUGCCACGAGCAGUAAUUUGGUUUACUGGAUCGUGUACUGGGAUAUAGCUCAUGGAGCCUAUCUAGCGGGUAUAGCUUUUCUCUGCGCCGAUCUCUUGCUCGUCGUUGUCAUCACCCAGAUUUGCAUGCACUUCAACUAUAUAUCUAUAAGAUUGGAGGAGCAUCCCUGUAAACCGGAGGAGGACAAGGAAAAUAAAGAAUUCCUCAUUGGUAUCAUUAGAUAUCACGACAAGUGCCUCAAACUCUGCGAACAUGUCAACGAUCUAUAUAGCUUCUCCCUUCUGCUAAAUUUCCUGAUGGCUUCUAUGCAGAUUUGCUUCAUCGCCUUUCAGGUCACCGAAUCCACUGUAGAGGUCAUUAUUAUUUACUGCAUUUUUCUGAUGACCUCAAUGGUGCAAGUAUUUAUGGUGUGCUACUAUGGAGACUCUUUAAUUGCUGCGAGCUUGAGAGUGGGAGAUGCUGCUUACAAUCAAAAAUGGUUCCAGUGCAGCAAAAGCUAUUGCAGCAUGCUAAAGCUGCUGAUUAUGCGAAGUCAGAAGCCGGCUUCAAUAAGACCACCCACUUUUCCACCCAUAUCUUUGGUUACCUAUAUGAAGGUUAUCAGCAUGUCGUAUCAAUUCUUUGCCUUACUGAGAACCACAUACAGCGAUAAUUGAUUGCUCAAAGCGCCCCUCUCCGCGCUUCUCAAAUCGCCAACUUGGUGUGAAUCGAUUUGUAAAAAGGGAUUUUUAACAUCUCUUCAAAUAUCUACCCUACACAGCUCUUCCCUGCAAUGCAACGCCAAUCGCUACAUCAGAAGCUUUCGAACUUAAUGACGCCCUCGACACGCUUUGAUAAUAUUUAAUUAAAAAUCGCAUUUAAAAUUAAUAAGCUUAAAUGGAGACCAAUAGCGCCUGGCCGAGCACAAAAAUCCGGCAACAGUAGAGAGGCACACGAGGCAAACAAAAUAAUAAUUUUUUUCAAAAGGAAUAUUACAGCACAGUCCACAAAAAAGAACGCCAAGAACGGGGACGCAAAUAAAAGCAGCAAAUGGGGCUCCCAUCCGCCUACGAAAAAAAGACCCCCGUUCUGACCUGGUAAUAAAAGGAACAACAUAAAACGCAAUCACAAUCAUCGACAAUAAUCUGGCAG